AAAACAACAGACAGCCCUAUGCUGUUGGUGAAUUAACAGGUCAUCAAACCAGUGCUGAGUCUUGGGGUACUGGCAGAGCUGUGGCUCGAAUUCCCAGGGUUUGAGGUGGUGGCACUCACCAUUCUGGCCAGGGUGCUUUUGGAAAUAUGUGUCAUGGGGGCCGCAUGUUUGCUCCAACCAAGACCUGGCAACGUUGGCACCGCAGAGUGAAUACAACACAGAAGCGAUAUGCCAUCUGCUCUGCACUGGCUGCCUCGGCUUUACCAGUGCUGGUCAUGUCUAAAGGUCAUCAUAUAGAGGAAGUUCCUGAACUUCCUUUGGUGGUUGAAGAUAAAGUUAAAGUCUACAAGAAGACCGAGGAGGCUGUUUUGCUCCUGAAGAAACUUAAGGCCUGGAAUGAUAUCAGAAAGGUCUACACCUUGCAGCGAAUGAGAGCUAGCAAAGGCAAAAUGGGAAACUGUUGCCGUAUCCAGCACAGGGGACCCUGCAUCAUCUAUAAUGAGGACAAUGGUAUCAUCAAGGCCUUCAGAAACGUCCCUGGAAUUACUCUGCUUAAUGUAAGCAAACUGAACAUUUUGAAACUUGCUCCUGGUGGGCAUGUGGGACGUUCCUGCAUCUGGACUGAAAGUGCUUUCUGCAAGUUAGAUGAGCUGUGUGGCAGUUGGCAUAAAGCUGCCUCCCUCAAGAGUAACUACAACCUCCCCAUGCACAAGAUGCUCGAUACAGACCUCAGCAGAAUCUUGAAAAACCCAGAGAUCCGAAGAGCCCUCCGAGCACCACGCGAGAAGAUUCAUGCAGUCCUGAAGAAGAAUCCACUGAAAAACCUGAGAAUCAUGUUGAAGCUAAACCCAUAUGCAAAGACGAUGAGCCGGAACACCAUUCUUUGCCAGACCAAGAACCACAAAAUCCAGAUGGAUAGGGCAGCAGCAGCACUAGAAGCCAAAUCAGAUGAGAAGGAGGUUCCAGGCAAGAAGCUUGUGGUGGGAAAGAAAGGAGAGAAGGCUGUUUGCGUUAAGAAGCCGAAGAAGCCAAAGAAGGCUUUGGUGGGAAAAAAGGCUGCAGUGACCAAGAAACCAGCAGCUGAAAAGAAGCCCACUAAAAAGAAACCCACCACAGAGGAAAAGAAGGCUGCUGCAUAAACUUAAAUUUGUUUACUCUGUAAAGGUCAAAUCAUUUUGGACAGCUGAUUUUGAAUAAAGACCUGAUCACAGAGGCAGUGAAAAAAAAAAAAAAACUCUCCAUCGUCUAGGAAAUAACUGAUAGAAGACUUUUGCCAAUUAACUUAUCUUUCAUUUCCUUUUCUUUUAUAAUUCUAUUAAAAUUUAAUAUUUUUAAUUAUGCUAUAAUCCAAAGGUCUUAAUCCAGUGACAUUAAUUCCUGUAUCGUUGCUGCCUAGUUUGUCUUCUGUCAUUCAGCAGUGCUUCCUACUCAUAGUCAAUAAAACUAGCUUAAUCUAACAAUCAAAAAAGAAAGCUAUUGACUGAGUUUAGAUAAACAGCUCUAAUCUGAUUUCAACCUAAACAUUCAGUACUCUCCAGUUGCUGAAAGGAAAAUGCUCCAUCCAGAAUUGUUCUGCGACAUGAUUAUUUUUCUUUAUUCCCAUUCCUUCUGUGGGGUAUUUAACUUAUUUUAAAUUGUAAUCAGUAUGUUGUAACUUCUGAGUGCUUUGUUUGUUUUUAUUUUUCACUGGAUGGACUCUAGACAAAACUUUUUAGGUGCUGUACAGCAGUAGCUGUCUAGCUGUCAGUUUAUAGUGGAGACAAUUUACAGUAGAGCUAGGCUGUGUGCUUGACUUGGAAGUCACUCCGCUUACAAUUUAUCAGUUGCUUUACAGGGGUCCCUUAAUGAGAUAAACCAAAGAAACAUCAGUAGGUGGAGCAAUGUCAGCCUAGUACCACUUUUGGCAACUAUGUGAUUAAAUAUGGGUAAAUUUCUUUAUUCUUUUUUUUUUUUUUUUUUUUUUUUUGUGGUACGUGGGCCUCUCACUGUUGUGGCCUCUCCUGUUGCGGAGCACAGGCUCCGGACGCGCAGGCUCAGCGGCCAUGGCUCACGGGCCCAGCCGCUCCGUGGCGCGUGUGAUCUUCCCGGACCAGGGCACGAACCCAUGUCCCCUGCAUCAGCAGGCGGAUUCUCAACCACUGCGCCACCAGGGAAGCCCUCUUUAUUCUUAUACUGACAUUUUAUGUGGCAGUAGUAAAUUUUAGAUUAGUCUUAAAUUAAUCAGCAAAGAAAAAGUCUGAGAGUAUCCUGAAUAUUUUGUUUCUAAAUAAUUUAACAGUGAUCUAGUAAGCUACUCCUAUAGAAAUGUAAUUGAUGAGCUUGAAAACUUCACCCUCUUUAAAAUUACCACCUUGAAUUUUACCUAUCUUUUAAAGCUGAUUCAAGUCCUCUCUGAAACAAGGCUGGCAUCUUUCACCAAGUUUUUAAAAAAUAGCUUGAUAGUACAUAAAAUUGCAGAGAAAAAAAUCUAAACAUCUUUCAAAACCAAAUCAUAUAUAAUCCACUAGAAGUAGUUUUACUA